UCCGUGUGCUUUGCUUGUGCGACUCAGGCACAGGCUGCUUUACAUGAUAUUUUGUGGACAAAAAAGAGUUUAAAAUGCCUAUGAAAGGACGGUUUCCGAUCAGGAGGACUCUGGAGUAUCUGAAGAAGGGAGACAUCGUGUUUAAAAACAGAGUGAAGAUCAUGACGGUGAACUACAACACACAUGGAGAGCUGAGCGAGGGAGCAAGAAAAUUUGUGUUCUUCAAUAUUCCUCAGAUUCAGUAUAAAAACCAGUGGGUGCAAGUCAUGAUGUUCAAAAAUAUGACCCCGUCGCCGUUCUUGAAGUUCUACCUGGACGAUGGAGAGCAAGUGCUGGUGGACGUUGAAGGGAAGGACCACAAACAUAUUUCCGACCAUGUGAGGAAGAUUGUGGGCAAAACAGAAGAAGUGUUACAAGCUGAGGCUCAGGCCAAGAUGCAGGAAUCCAAUCCGGCAAACUUUGGUCCCAGGAAGUACUGCCUGCGGGAGUGUAUCUGUGAGGUGGACGGCCAGGUGCCGUGUCCCGGGACCAUCGCUCUGCCAAAAGAGAUGACGGGCAAAUACCGCACCAUGAUGGCAGCAGCUCAGGAGGAGUGAACAGCUGAAGAGAUCUGAGUACUGUAAAUGGACAAUUUUAUGGUUUUGUGUUAUGUAUGAUUUUAUACGAAUACACAAGAGGACUCCUGCAUUGCAUACUUUGCUGUAAAUAUGAGUAAUUAAAGGGGUCCCACUAUGCUGUGCAUUGUGAGAACGUUACUGGACUGAGACUCUUGAGUCCACCAUGAGCAGCAGGAACCUUCCAACACACACUGAAAACUGGUCGAGGUUUGGGUCACUUGACAUCUGUUUAUACGUGAGGUGUCUGGAUUGACAAAUCAAUACAUCCGGAUGCAAUUUACAUCCAGCCCAGUGUCAACCCUGCAAUGUAAACAUUCAAAUAAAAAAUGAUUUGCCUA